AUGUUCAGAGAACCUCUGCCCACUGUGAAUAUAGAUUUGGUCCGCGGCGGGUUCCAGCCGCGCCUUCCGACUUCGCUGCCGCCCCCAGGGCAGCAGCAGCAGCCGUCGCCACUACCACGCCGACAGCCCGUCCCGUUGAUGCCUCCCGCGCAGCUUCAUCCGGGAGCGCCCCAGGUGGUCGCUCCGGCGCCUGCGGUCCCUCUUCAGUCGCCACCGCCUUCGGAGCUGAUGGACGUCGACCCCUCAGCCGGGCCGUCUUCCCAAGCGGUGGCUGUGCAGCCUGUCCUGCAGCCGCUUUCCUUGGGCACCCCCAAGGAGUCUGACACCGCAGCACCUUGUCCGGCGCACACUCAGCAGCCGUCGACGCAGCGUCAGGAGACGCUGCCUCUCUUCGUGGGUCCCGACGCCCCGUCGCGUCCAUGGUAUAAUCAGCUGUGCGCGUCGUCCAUUGUGGCUGCUCGUUUAACUGGGGGACGACGCCUUGUCGGCGGUCAGUUUGAAUUGGAACCGACAGCGCAGUCGCUGUGUUUAUCAGUAGAUUCCAGUUCUUAG